AUGACGCUUGGAAAUUAUAGCAAAUUUGCCAAAGUGUACGGCGAACACGUACGACUAUGCUUAAACGCCCUGUCACUGAAUCUUUUAACUGCCAAAGGCGAUCACGACAACCAGGCUGAUCAACUUUUACAACCACAUUUGACAAGAGCAUGUGAAGCAGCCAUUUCUAUUGUUAAUACUUACGCUGCAUCAGACAAUACUGAGUUCUUUGUUGCAUAUGGCGCUGAUUACCUUGUUCUAAUACUUGCACAAGCAGCCGUCUUUUUCGUUCGGAUCCUCACGUCCCGGGUUAAACAACCGUUGACAGUAGAUCAGACUGUCUUGCGGCACUAUCUCAAGCAGGCCAUCGAUCUCCUAGAGUUGAACGAUCUGUCCACAACCGAAGUCUGUGGCUGGGUAGCACGGCUCUGUCGAAGUUUGAUGCGUUUUACAGGCCUUUGUCUGGAACUUGCUGGCAAUUUGGCAGAUACAAACGGCUCGAUGAUAUCAGAUUCGACUUUCCUUGAACCGGAAUGGGAUUUUGAUGUCAGUGCUUUCUUGGGUCAGGACAUGACAACUGGGGGGACUGGAUUCGACCUCAGUGGCUAUUUUGACUUCACGCGGUCUUUUCUCCCGCCUUCGUAUGGAUGA